CCCCCGUUUAACACUGUACCCCCAAAGGCACCGAAAUCAGCGAAUACCCCAAAACGGGGCAUCACCUCCUCCACGCUGAUGAUCCCACACAGACACGAGCUGGAAAAGCCUGGGGACCUAGAGGAGAUUGUGGAGUUACUGGAGGAGGAGAACGAAGCCAUGGGGAGCGGGGCCAGUGCUGAGGACAAGGAGAUGGCCAAGAGGUCCAAGGAGCUGGAGAAGAAACUCCAGGAGGAUGCGGAUAAGGAGGCCAAGACGGUCAAGUUGCUGCUGCUUGGGGCUGGAGAGUCAGGGAAGAGCACCAUCGUGAAGCAGAUGAAGAUCAUCCACCAGGACGGUUACACGGCGGAGGAGUGCAUGGAGUUCAAGUCCAUCAUCUAUGGCAACAUCCUGCAGUCCAUCCUGGCCAUCAUCCGCGCCAUGUCUACGCUGGGCAUCGACUAUGCCGAGUCGGCCUGCGCGGAUGAAGGCCGGCUGCUCUUCAACCUGGCAGACUCCAUCGAGGAGGGGACGAUGCCCCCCGAGCUGGUCGCCUGCAUCAAGAAGCUGUGGAAGGAUGGGGGGGUUCAGGCGUGUUUUGACCGCGCUGCCGAGUAUCAGCUCAACGACUCGGCCGCGUAUUACCUGAACCAGCUGGACAGGAUCACAGCCCCUGAUUACCUCCCCAACGAGCAGGAUGUGUUGCGAUCCCGAGUGAAGACCACAGGGAUCAUCGAGACCAAGUUCUCUGUCAAAGACCUGAAUUUCAGGAUGUUCGACGUGGGAGGGCAGCGCUCAGAGAGGAAGAAGUGGAUCCACUGCUUCGAGGGGGUGACCUGCAUCAUCUUCUGCGGGGCCCUGAGCGCCUAUGACAUGGUGCUGGUGGAGGACGACGAAGUGAACCGGAUGCAUGAAUCCCUGCACCUAUUCAACAGUAUAUGCAACCACAAGUUCUUUGCUGCCACCUCCAUCAUCCUCUUCCUCAACAAGAAGGACCUUUUUGAGGAAAAGAUCAAGAAAGUCCAUCUCAGCAUCUGCUUCCCUGAGUACGAUGGUCCAAACACGUUUGAGGAUGCAGGGAACUACAUCAAGACCCAGUUCCUGGACCUCAACAUGAGGAAGGACGUGAAGGAGAUCUACAGCCACAUGACCUGUGCCACAGACACGCAGAACGUCAAGUUCGUCUUCGACGCCGUCACAGACGUGAUCAUCAAAGAGAACCUCAAGGACUGCGGCCUCUUCUGAGCACCAGCAGAAGAAGAAAACUUUCCCGUCUCACCGUUCUGCUGAGCAGAGCCAAAGGAAGAACCAACCCCCACCACACGUCACUCGCUCCCACUUUUUCUAUGACCUGCCCAAACCUGCCUCCUUCCAAACCCAAACUAGGAAGGGGCUGAAGCUCAACUUCCUGCUCCCUUUCAUGGCCAUUUCCUCUUUUUUUUUCCAAGAACCCCUGUUCUCAGUGUUUUACAGGAGGUUUGACACCAGAGAGCACAGCCAGGAAUAGGAAUAGUGAGGGAAUUUGGGAGGUAGGAUAGACAUUGCCCCCUUGCCUGUCCCUCUGCAGCCCAUUCCUGCCCUUGGACCAAAGCUGGAUUAAUCCAGGAUGGAAUUUCUGGGGAAGGUGGAGGCUUCAUUACCUCUGAGUCACUGCUGGGAACCAACCUCAGUCUUUCCUAGGAACCAACUCAGCCCUUGGGGUUUGUGGGGUUGUUUUGGGUCCUAAAUUGAGGGAAUUUCUCAGGCAGGAGGGGCUGGGGAAGGGAAUCUCAACUCCAGCCCAGGAAUGGGCUGGAUAAAGAGGAAAUGGUUACUUGAAAGAUUUUCAUUCUGCUACUUAGAGCUGCAUUUGCUCUGUCUGUUUGUAAAUAAUCCAUAGAUGAGCCCUGUAUCCAUCCUCUCCCUGUCUCCUGCAGAGAUCUCCCAUCCAGCUUCAUUUAACUGUAGGAAAACACAAUAAAGGAAUACGCAUGACGUGGAUGUUCUUCCUUUCUCUCACUUUGCUCU